AUGAAGUUUGCAAAAAUGAGUCCCAGCUCUGAUGCUGUUCGUCAUAUGACGGCCGAAAGCCCUGUCCGUUCCAACCGAAAACGACAGAGGCUGUCUUGUGUACCACGUCAACCUGAACGUGGCAUUAAGACUAAACGGCUGCAGUACAACUGUAAUCAGCCGUCGUCUUCUGGUCAGAUUGACCUUCGAAUUUCUUCUUCGUGCACUUUCAUGUAA